UAAGUAACACAGAGCUGUUAGAGCGUUCAACUACAUAAAUACGCGAUACUAUUUAUAUUUACCCCCGUCCAGAAUCAGCAAGUUCAUUCGAAAAUUGCAAGCGUUCCUGUUCAUAUCAUUUCAUCGAAAAAGUGUAAGGAUAAUUGAAAGAACAAAUAAUGAUGGAGAACAUUAAGGACAAAACUGUUUUGGUCACCGGUGGUGCCUCCGGAAUCGGCUUUCAAUAUGCUAAAAAAUUGUUGGCGAAUGGAGCAAAAGUUGUCGCUAUACUCGAUCUGAGCACUUCACCCGGGCAAACCUCGGUGGCUAAUUUGGGAAAAGAAUUUGGAAAAGACAAAGCAGUGUUCUUCCCUUGCGAUGUGACGGACACUGUAAAAUUCGAAGAGACGUUUAAAAAUGUCUGGAACACACUUAAUGGGCUGGAUAUCGUAAUUAACAACGCUGGAACACUGAAUGAUAAAGACUGGCAACUAACUAUCAAGUUAAAUGUUGGUGGUGUGAUCCAGGGAUCGUUUCUCGCUAUCGAUUACAUGGGAAAACAUAAGGGUGGCAAGGGUGGUACUAUAGUUAACAUUGCAUCGGUCGUUGCUUUAACUACCUACCCAGCUGUUCAAGUAUAUUGUGCCUCCAAGCACAAUGUGAUGGCAUUCAGUCGUUGUUUACAAAAUUACUAUGAGAAAACUGGAGUGCGGGUACUGACGAUGUGCCCUGGUCUCACUGACACUCCUUUGGUCGCGACUGUCGGAAAGAUGGUACGCGAUUUCGUUGACCCAAACGAGGUUCAAAAACUAAUCAACAGCCUUCCUAUGCAACCAACAGAAAACGUAGCAAACGCUAUGGUACUUCUUAUCCAGAAAGGUAAAAAUGGAGAAAUUUGGGUCAGCGAGUGUAAUCAGAAACCUUACGCUGUUGAAUUUCCCGAUGUCAGGAAAAUUGAACUUGACGUGUAAAAAUGUAAAUUAAACAGAAAGGAAAAAUUGUUUUACAAUGAAAUGAAACUUUUUAAAAAUUCUACAUUUGAAUUUAGGAAAUGCUAUCUGUUUAAAGUUGAGGUUGGAAAGACCGCGAUUAUCGGCCGAUAAUUCCGAUUCCUAACACUAUCUGAUCGUCACCCGCAAAAUGUUAAACAUCGAAUGUGUAAAUUAAAUGUACUUCUAUAUAAAUUGAAUUAAAUACAAUCCAUUUUAAACCUU